AUGUGGGCGUCGGUAGAUCACUUGACGGUGGAUGAGAUCCUCGACCAGGAGGAGUUCGAAAUCCCUUUUGAGCGGCAAGCCAGAAGGAAUGCUGCCAAAGAAGCGAUUGUCCCGUGUCACGCUUCCAUCAGAACUCUCUCGCGGUUAUAUCUCCACCUUUACUCCUCUGAAAUCUUUGUCGCUAUUCAAUUGCCCGAACCAGCUUCGCCUUUUGCGUUUGCUGUCAAGGGCAUCCAGAUCCAUGCAUGCUUCGACUUCCUGUUACAUGGUUCGGAUGAAGGUUGCGCUGGUGUAGUUGCUGAUUUUCUUAGCUCUUUCCGUGGACUACGGGACCUGUGCUUACGUUUAUCGAAUUUCCCAUCAAACGAGUCCCUCGUCGAGGGUACUGAAUCGCAUCAAUCCACUCUAAGAUCCCUUGUGUAUCAUGAGCGACAGCUGAUUCCGCUCGAUGACCAUGAUGGGCUGGAUGUGCGUCUUGUUUGGAUUGCAGAUUGUCUUCUGUGGUUGACCUGA